GCCCACCUGGGGCAUCCUCUGCUUCCCAUCAAACUCGUCGUCCACGCCUCCCCGGCAAGGUUGCGUACGGCGUGGCCCUAGGGUUCAUCUCGCCGCGUCCCUCCACCUCUCGAUUCCGCCUCUCCGAAGGCAUACCGGCCGGCGAGAUCAAGUGAUUUUGCUGGCCAACCGAUCGGUCAAGCCGACGAUGACGCUGGCAUCGGCGGCGCAUAAGAUCCCGCUGGAGGUUGCGCACACCCUCGUCGAGAUCGCCGAGGUCGCGCGCUACGCCUACCAUCACCGCCCCGGCCAGCCUGCAGCCCACGACGGGGACCCGACUGCGCCGCCCGCGGGGGCUGAUGGCAGCGGGGGCGCCAGCGAGGAGGCCGCUCGGCUGCGGGAGGAGAACGCAAUGCUCCGCGCCCGACUCGCAGAUGACCUGGCGCUCCUGCGCGAGCUCCACGGCGCGCCCUGCGUCUCCAAGGAGUGCCCUCCUGAUCUGUACAACCGACUGAUGGCGGCGGUCAACAAUGCUAGCUUCCUUGCUCAUCUUGAGAAAUUACAAGAUGAGUCAGCACGUGAACAUAAUGAACUAUCUUCUGGCAACAUGACAGAGGUGGAAGUUGCAGACGUUCCAGACAAAUUGGGUAACGGGAAGAAAGGAUCGUGGGUCUUGGUUACUUGUGAUACUGCAGGGGCUAAUUUGGAGGAAAUUAGUGGGAUUGAUGAUGAAAAUUAUGUCAUAAUCAAUGAAGAUGACAUAGUCGAUGGUAUUGCCACCUUUGUUGCUAGGUGCAUUCUUGAAGAUCCAAAAUCCAAGUCGUUAUCGCCAGUGCAGCUCCAAAAGGCUGUUGCAAAGGCAUUAGAUAGCAUGAAAGCUCGAUGGAGAUGGUCAACCUUUUGGGAGGCUGGACAGAUUAUUUAUAUCUUGGCUACUUGGGGAAUUACAUUAGCAGGGUUGUACAAGAGCCGUCAUGUCCUGAAGGUGGCAGCAAAGGGUGCUGCUGCGUCUGCCAGAUUUGUUAUGAAGGCCCUGUGAGUGCAAAAGGCCCUCAUGUGGGAUCAGCAAGUUGCAAAAUUGUAAAUACAAAACUCGUCCCAUCAGUUGUACAUAUGUGGUUGUAACAUGUUGUUAUCAUGAAGUGAUGAUCGUUCAAGCGUGAAAAACUGUUUCAUUUAUUUUCAUUUUAUAUGGACGGUGCUGUAAAAGCAGACAAGCAAUGCUAAGAUGAUCGCGUGCACCAGUUGUAUAUAUAAUCUCGUUGCACCAGUUGUACAUAUGUGAUUAUGUGUA